CUCUCCUUGUCUACGAAAUUUAUAUACUUAUAAAUUUAUAUUCAAAAGACCAAUCUAAUAACUGAGUAAUUAUCUAGAAAUCUUAAACUUUUUGUAUAAGAAAAAAAAUUACUUUUCAUUUGCUGCAUAUAUUCAUCCAUAAAUUGAAUAUAUUAGAUGCAGUAUGAAAGUGAUAAAAAAAUUUGAUUUCAAAUAUUGUAAAUAAAUAAUAAACAUGUGGUGCUAAUGUGCUUAAAUAUAUCAAAUACAAUAAAGAACAAGUUCAAUUAAUUAUAAUAUUAUUAAAAUAAUGAAUAAUUUAUUUUUGAACAAAUUUUAACAAAUUCACUAAUAAUAGUUAUGUUCUAACCUCAUUUAUAUAAAUUUUCAUUAAAUAUUUACAUCUACAUACAUUUCACGACAUAAUUAUUACGAAUAUGGCAUCAAUUUUAAAGACUUUUAAUGGAAUUCAACUAUUCAAUAAAUAUUUGAAACAAAGUAUUGAUAAAAUAUAUAUUCCUACUCGUGGUAGAAGAUUAAAUCCUCCACCAAAGAAACGUCAUCCAGAAUGGCUUCCAAAACCAACACGUGUAUUAUACAAUGAAGAACUUACUUCAGAAAAUAAAGAAUUUCUCUCAGAAAUUGUUUCAUCCACUAAAGGACUACUCAAUAAGAAUACAUCUCCAUUAAAUAAAGAAUUAAUUCAAUCAAAUGCAACAUGGACUCCAGGUUCUAAACGUACUGGUUUAAUUGGCAAAAAGAUAGGAGUAUAUCCAAUGUGGUUAAAAAAUGGACAAAAAGUAUUAACUACUCUAAUACAGAUUGUAGAUAAUGAAGUUGUAAAAUAUAUACCACCAGAAGAAUAUAAACCAGUUAAACCUAUUAGACAUAGAGUUAAAGUAAAAAAUGGUUGUCUUGUAUUAGGUGCUAUAAAUAUUGAUCCACAAUUACUUACUAAAGAAUAUUAUGGAAUAUUUAAUUCAGCAGGAGUUACACCAAAAAAAAUAUUAAUGAGAUUUACAAUUUCACCAAAUGCUGUUCUUCAACCAGGAACUCCUUUGUAUGCAACCCAUUUUAAACCAGGAGAAUUUAUUGAUAUUCGUGGAAAAACAAUAGAUCGUGGCUUUCAAGGUGUUAUGAAAAGAUGGGGCUUUAAAGGUAUGCCUGCUUCUCAUGGUGUAACUAAAACGCAUAGAAGACCAGGUAAUAUAGGUUCAGGAGGUGCAUUGGCUAGAGUAAUGCCAGGCACUAAAAUGCCUGGACACAUGGGAAAUCGUUGGCGUAUUCUUAAAGGUGUAAAGAUACUACGAAUAAACACUAAAUAUAAUGUAAUUUGGGUAUUAGCUCAAAACGUACCAGGAGAGCUAAAUACUAUGUGCUAUUUAUACGAUACGAUUUUACCUACUAAAAAAAGUACUUCGCCAUAUUUUCCUACAUAUUUGCCAAAUGAAAGUGAACUACCUGAAAAUCUUUAUGCAGACGAUGUUCAUCCAUUUGAAAAUCCUACAAUUGAAUUCCAAUCAGAAUCAUAAUUGUAAUAAUGUAAUAAAUAAAAAAAAUACUUUAUAAG